GAAAGGAGAUCGUGAGGGGCAAGGUCACAACCAAGGAUCCGGAGCUGCAGAAGAAGUUCGGUCUUGGACCGCAUGCCGAUGGCUGGCGUGCCACGGAGAGAGGCUGCACCAGGACGCUUCGGUGGAUGACAGAGCAAGAAGCCACGGCCUCCUGCGUGAAGGUGGGUGCAGAACGUUCGGUGAUUUCCUCUUUGGUCCAGGCACCAAUUGGCCUGAAGGAGGAGGAACUUACAUCAUAUCUCUGCGAGCUUGGAGUUGAUGUGAGUCAAUACGGCCGCGAAGGCGCCAAGACGCUCAAAACACUCUCUGACGAGCUCAUCAAGGGAGAAGUCCAAGUGGGCACCGACAAGAACGGGGUGCCAGUUGUCGUGUCGGAGGUGGUGAACCUCUGCAUCCACGACCAGAUACACGGUGAAACGCUGUGUCAGUACAAACAGCUCGGCCCCGGCGACUAUUCCUACGAGCACCUGACACUGCCGCGUACAGCACGAAGACCCGAUGAAAAUGAAUUUCUGGUGGCGAAGCGCAUCUUGAAGAGACGCCUCCGCAUCAACCCAAACACAGUAGUCCUGGAGACAAAGGUUCGACGAUUGCAGGAGGAGCGCUCCACAAUGGCUUACCCUGGCCUGAUCUUUGUUGAGCGUGAACUCGUGAUCACUGCCAAUUUGGACCCUCGUGUUCCCCAGAGCCGCAUGUCGACCAAAGUCAAGUUGUUGAGAGAGGACUAG